GGAAAACGGUAGAAUUGGAUGGAACAUGGUUUCCGAACCGCCGAGAGACCGCAUGGCUUAGAUCUACGCAGCGCCAGCAAUAUAACAACCGUUACCAGCCAGAUAGCUUAAUACUCCUUCAAACGACUGCUGGCCAUUAGUAACAGUUCGCCAUCAUGACGGGAUUUGCUCGCGCAAAGGAGGAUAGGCCGACCCCGCCGGAAGUCUACAAUUGGCGGGUGUAUGCCAUGGCAUUAGUCAUUAGCAUGGGCGUCCUCACUUAUGGCUACGAUUCCUCGUUUAUCGGGACGACCAUCACACAGAAGAGCUUCCAGCGAGACUUUGGCAUGGACAAGAUGAGCAAGAAGGAAUUGAACGACGUAUCGUCAAAUCUUACUUCAAUUUACUCGGCAGGCGGUUUCUUCGGAGCACUCUUCGCCUUCUUCUCUUUGGAGCUUCUCGGUCGUCGCUGGACUGUCAUCUUGUCAGACAUUGUUUUCAUCGUCGGUGCGCUUUUCUGCACUAUUGGAACAGUCCCAUCCCGCUCCCUUGGCCUUAUCUACACAGGACGCCUCCUUACCGGCCUCGGUGUCGGGGGCAUCGCGGCUGUAUCACCGAUCUACAUCGCCGAAAUCUCUCCACCAGCCAUCCGUGGUCGAUUGACAGGUUUCUUCGAAUCGUUCUAUCAAACUGGAGCUGUGAUCGGCUUCUCGAUUAAUUAUGGCAUCGUUCAUAACCUGGACACGAACGACUCCAACGCGUGGAGGAUCCCUAUGGCGGUCCAGCUAAUCCCGGCUGGAAUCCUUGCCCUCAUGGCGCCAAUAUUAAAGGAGAGCCCUACAUGGUUGCUCAAGCGUGGCCGCGAAGAGGAAGCAUAUCAAGUGUAUAGUUUCAUUCGCAUGCUACCGGCUGACCACGAGUAUAUUGCUGAAGACGUGCACUUCAUCAAGGAGGGGAUCGCAAAGGAACGCGCAGCUCUUGUGGGCUCAACUAACGCUACGCUGGGUCGCGUGAUGAAGGGUGCGGCAAGAGAGUCAUCGCUCAAAGGCAUGCGGAAUCGCUUCUUGCUCGUGUUUCUUAUGUUCAUGUGGCAGGCAUGGUCCGGUGCCGCAGCCAUCAACUACUACUCGCCCACAAUCUUUACUUCGAUUGGCCUGACUGACGUCACGCUCUGGACAGGUAUUUACGGCGUCAUCAAAGCUGCGGGAUCCAUCAUCUUUUUCACCUGGUUUAUCGACAAAUUCGGACGAAAGUGGCCAUGGAUCAUAUCAUCCCUUGCCUGCGCUUUUUGCCAGUAUUAUCUUGCAAUUUACAUUGCAAUUGGACAUCCGGAGACUGGCGUUCCGCAAUCAGCGUCGACUGUUGCGGGCGGCAAGGGGGCUACGGCAAUGAUCAUGAUCUUUGGGGCGGCCUGGAGCUUCGGUGCCAAUGGUCUGCCCUGGAUUAUCUCAGCUGAGAUCUUUCCUUCUUCUUUGAGGUCUAUAUCUGGGCCUUUUGCCGCCAUGAGCGUCUGGUUGUGGACGUAUGUGGUUACGAGAGCGCUGCCAAGUAUGUACACGUCCAUGGGAUGGGGUGUAUAUGUGUUCUUCGCCACAUGCUUGGUCUGUGCGAGCAUCUACGCCUUCUUCUUCAUUCACGAGACGAAAGGGCUGCGUGUCGACCAGAUGGACGAGCUCUUUGGCUUCGAGAAGCGACACCAGGUAGGUGCACCGGCGGCCAAAGCUUUUGCCGAGGAUGAUGACGGCGAGACAACGAAGGCAAAGGUUGUCAAGAGCGAGGUAGUGUGACACAAGUAUGUAUUUAGAUGUAAUCGUGGCCAGG